CUCUAAUCUAAACCACAGGGUAAAGGUCAGCCCCCAUGAAGAACACCAUAUCACCCCAGAAGAGUUCCCUCACCACCCUGUCCUACGACUCUGACUGCCUGAAGAUGCAGCCGGGAGGUGGAGGUGGAGGUGGAGGUGGAGGUGGAGGUGGAGGCGGUGGCGGUGGGGGGGGGUCCUCGGGCCGGGCGGUGCUGCGCGGCUCCCGCUCCAAGGCGGAGCUCCAGGACCUGAUGGAGACGCUGCAGCGCAGGAAGAGCGCCCUGGAGGCCAGCCUGCGCGCCGCCGAGUUCAGCCGCAGCUACCUCAGCGGCUCGCCGCCCUCCGGCGCCGGCUCCCCGCCGCCGCAGCUCGCCGCGUCCUGCUCCUCCUCCACCUCCUCCACGCGGCCGCCGCUGCAGGGCCCCGCCUCCACGCUGGGGCGCAGCGAGCGCCCGCCCUGCGCCCCCAGACCCGGCGGCGCCGGCCCCCGGCCCUACCCCUACGCCAGCAGCAGCGUGCCGCCCUCCCCACGCCAGCGGGAGCGUCCGCUCAGCCCCGGCGGCGGCGGCGGCGGCCUCCUCCGCCACGGCCACGCCCGCCACCAGUCCCAGGACAGCCUGCUGCACUCCAUCCACGGGGCGGGCGGGGGGGCGCCGAUGGCCUCCCCCGGCGGGGAGCGGAGGAGCGGGGCGGCCAGCGUGCCCUCCAGCCCCCGCAUGGGACGCCGGCUCUACGCCCAGAGCCGGGCCAGCGGGGCCCAGCGGCAGAGGAAGUACUCCACGGGGUCCCUGAACGGCCUGGGCACCCACAGCCGCUCCCUGCCCCGCCUGCACCGCGCGGCCGAGCCCCCCGCCCUCUCCCUGCCGGGCCGUCUGCCCCGGGGGGACGGCCGGACGGUGUCCCGCCGCAGCAUGUCGUCCCUGGAGCAGCCGCCCGACGUGACGGUGACGGCCUGCCCGCCCAGCACGCCGCCCCGGAGGGCCAGCAUGGCGUCGCUCAGCUCCCUGGGGCUGGAGCUGGACGGCGAGGCUCUGGAGGACCUGUGCCCGGGAGGGGGGGAGAGGAGGCUGUCCUUCACCAAGGGGCUGGGGGCGGGGGGCCGCGUGGGCAGCAUCAGCUCGCUGAACGGGAAGGAGGAGCUGAAGGACUACCACCAGCACCAGAGGGACGAGAGGCUGCGCGAGCAGAGGGUGCAGAGGCUGGAGAGCCAGCGCCUGGAGACCAUCCUGACUCUGUGCACGGGGCGGGGGCCGCCCGAGAGGGAGGCCGGCUCGGCCGUCUCAGACCUCCAGAAGAUCAACAAGGAGCUGGAGAAGCUGCAGGUGUCCGACGACGAGUCCGUCUUCUCCGACUCCCCCAACGGCACCGGCUCCGAUAGCGGCUUCGGGCCUAAAGCCAGGGACUAUCUUAGCGGGGAUGAGGCCCAGCAGGGGGGCCAGCGCCAGCCCGGGGGAUACCCGGAGCCCCGGGACCACAGUCCGGCCGUGGGCCUACGCAAUGCUGCACCCUCUCCCUCCUCCCAGCACAGGGACAAGGUCCUGGGGAGCUUUCAGUUGAAGCAGGAAGUGACCCACAUGGAAGAGGAGAGGGUUCAGGUGGUGAACAACAUUGAUGAGCUGGAGCAGAAGAUCAAAGAGCUGGACAACCAGAUGGACGAGUCCAUCAGAGAGAUGGAGGUGGAGUGUGCCCUGCUCGACGGAGAACACGACUCUGAGUUGGCCCAGCUGCAGAAAGAGAAAGAGUCACUGGAACAGCUCAACGGGAAGAUCCACAGCAUCGACAAGAACAACCGCAUCGAGAUGAAUCGGGGAGAGGAGCUAAGGGCCCAGGAGGACUCAGAGUUCCAGCGGCUGGAGAAGGAGCUGAGCCAGGAGGAGGAGAAGGAGAACCACACACAAACGCUCCUGAGGGAGAUCGCCGAGUGCCAGCGCAGCACCGUCACACGCAAGGAGAGGCUGAUGACCCUGAAGAAGCAGUCCACUCAGAUCUCCCUCCAGGCCCAGCAGGAGAGGCAGAACUUCCAGAAGGAAAAGGAAAACCUGCUCCUCAUGCUACACAAGGAAAAGGAUCACCUGGUGGCGCUGGAAGGGAAGUACGCCGAGCUGUCGGGGGGGCAAUCCUUCGCCAACAACCCGGUCACCAUCAAAGAGCAUUUGAGUGCCCUGAAGGAGAAGAGAAGGAGCAACAGCCACGAGAGCUCCUCAAACUCCACCUCCUCGGCUCUGAGCGACAGUCUGUCUCUCAUGAGGAGCCAGCAGCUCCUUUCUCCUUCCUACGGGAGGACUCUGGGUCACAAGGUCCACAUCCCCUUGUCUCAGAGCAACAGCUGUGGCAGCGUGGUCCCCCAGGUGUUCUCCGUGUCCCGGGACCUUAGCCAGGCCCGGCGCCUCAUGAAGGGCAACAACGGCCACAUGCACAUGAGCGAGGACCGACAGAGACGCAGCGACCUGUGCAGCCGCACGGUGUCGGAGUCCAACGUGUUCCUGGAGCCCUUCUCCUACUCGGUCCACAGCCACGCCUCAGACACCAUCAGCGUGGACAGCUCGGACAGCAUGGAAACCAGCUUCUCCGCGGGGUCGCCCGACAACAUCUCCAGUGCGAGCACGGCCAACAUGGCCAAGCUGGAGGAGAUGGAGCGGCUCCUACGAGAGGCCCAGGCCGAGAAGCAGAAGCUCCUGGAGUACAGGGAGCAGGAGAUGGAGAUGCGGCGGCUGGCUCUGGACGAGGAGCGGAGGAGGAGGGAGGACCUGGAGAAGCGCCUCCAGGAGGAGACCUCCAGGAGGCAGAGGCUCAUCGAGAGGGAGGUGAAGCUGAGGGAGAAGCAGAGAUCCCAGUCGAGGAUGCUGACGCGGUACCUCCCGGUGAGGAAGGACGACUUCGACCUCCACGGCCACAUCGAGGAGGCCGGGCAUAACCCCGACGCCUGCUUCCACCUCGCCAUCACCGACAAGACCUGCCGCGGCUUCCUGGUGAAGAUGGGCGGCAAGAUCAAGACCUGGAAGAAGCGCUGGUUUGUGUUCGACCAGAACCGACGGACCCUGACCUACUACGCAGAUAAACACGAGACCAAGAUGAAAGGGGUCCUCUACUUCCAGGCCAUCGAGGAGGUCUACUACGACCAUCUAAAGAGCGCACACAAAAGUCCCAACCCCUUGCUAACGUUCAGUGUGAAGACCCAUGACCGGGUCUACUACAUGGUGGCCCCCAGCCCCGAGGCCAUGAGGAUCUGGAUGGAUGUCAUUGUAACCGGGGCAGAGGGACAGAUGCACUUCAUGGUGUAGCCCGAGCCACUCUGGAGCCCGGGUUCUGGAUACGUCCUGGCCCCCUAGGAUUACUGCUACUCUUUACGCCUUCAUCCAAUGACACGGUAGAUGCAGAGAUGCAGAGUCCAUAAAAGGUCAUCAUCUUUGGAGUUAAACUUUUUUCCUUGGAGUCAAGAAUAUACUUUUCAGCUGGGAGCCUUUUGCCUCGGAGUCUAAACAUACAUGCUUUAAGCCGGGAGUCAAAGACACAACCUUUCAGCAUGGAGCCAAACAGUCAACCUUUCGGAGGGUAAUUGAACAUCCCACGUUUAAGAUGAGAAUCAAACUCCCCACCUCUCGACCGGGAGUCGAACGCAAAGCCUAUUAGCUUCGAAUCAUCCUGGCCGCUAGACAAACCUGGAGUUCCCCAGUGACGUCAGAGAUGACCUACAUCUGCGACCGUUGACUGGGAAAUUAGGAGUGGAAACUGUUCUUUCCACAGUGGAUCAGUAUCAGGUAAAGAAGAAAGUGUUAGCAUACAGACGCGGAUUAACUCCCAUUUUUCAGAACCAAAUGUCACUAAGAUAAAAUCUGAAGGACAAUGAAUGUGUUUUUUUUAUUGCAAGUGUUGUUGUUGAUGUAUCAUGAAUACCUAUUAUUUGCUUAUCUAAUCAGCAAUGUAGCUGUUGGCUUCUUCCCUUAUUUUCUAUAGCAGUGCCGAAAUAUCACACACUCCAACCAUCGCCUGCGAGCUCCAGACCACAUAAAGUCAUAGCUAUAUCAAAUGAGCAUUGUUAAAUCAUAGCGAAUUGCCCAGGCGUUAGCCAUGGACAUUAUCUGAUGCUUAUAUUUUAUAUUUAUCCAAUUCUCAGUAUUGUGACAUGUGUGGUCCAGCCCUGCCCCAUUGGUUAUGGUAUAUUGGCAUUAACACUUCCGGGGUUAGGGGCUUGUUGCCCACUGGGUCCACCCAUUCUCAGGAAUGUACGCACUCAUGGUUUUAGAAGGUUUUGUAUGAAAGUGUCCGUCUAAUUGUAUAUAAUAUCUUACAAUUUUGUGAAAUUUCAAACAUGCCUGUCCACUGAAAAUCUACCGGUACACAGAAUCAACAAAUGUACAUAAUCUUAUCACUAUUUUUGUUUAUUAUUGUUGCGUAUAAAGGUCUUGAUCACUCAACAUUCAACAAUAGUUAAUUGUUAAAAAAAUGAAUAGAGCAUUAUAUUAUAUAUAAUUUCUUGUUUCUAGUUAUUUACAUUAUUAUCAUUAACCCUCUCAGACAAAAAAAUGAAUUUUAUUCAUAGAAAACCUUUAUCUACGAGACCAAAGCAAUAGGCACCAAGCAUCUUAUCGUUGUAAUUUUUUCCAAUGAAAAUCACUCUGAAACUUUGACACAGGAAACCAGCUAAUACGCUAUAACCUCUGAACGAGAGACUGAAGAGCAGAUUUUAUAUAAUAAUAACGAAUCUUUACCUAUAUCAGGCUCAGCAGAACGCAUCCCAUUACACCUUUUCACCAGCAGAGGGCAUCAUAUACGUGACGUCAUGCUAUAGCAGGUUGCCGUUCCAAAGUCAAUAUCUCAAUAAAAAAAGAACUUACAUAUAUGAUGCUAUUAAUCCUAACUAAUGCAUGGAAUUACAGUCAUGUAUUUCGUUCUGCAAGUUAAUCAAAUGAAUAUGCAUAAUGCUGCAUAAAUGACAGUCAUUAAAAGCAGAAAACGACAGAAUAUUUUUAUUUUUUUCAUUCGAUGAAACAAACCCAGCUUGUUUCCAGAUAUGACUUAAGGCUUUAGAGAUAUUUUUAACAUCGUGUGACUGGCGUUGUGACUCUCCUCAGACCGCAAAGCUUGCGGUUUCAUGAGAGAGAACAGAUCGAGUUACAGGGCUGUGUGUGCUCGGUGUACCGAGGGCCCCUGAACACGGCCUUAACACGGCCCCUGGUGGCCUGUUUAUCUCCCCCCUCCCCCAGAACGCCACUUUCUUUGCACCACAAUUGUUCUAUAUUUUGUCUACAUUUUAUAUUAAAUGUUUUGUAUACGAAGACUGUUUAUUUUAAAGGACAUUACAUUUUUUUUUACAAGAAAAAAGACUUUCAAGAUGCUAUAUAAACAAUACGAAUAAAUAGAUUUUUAUUCAAA